GCUUCAAAGUAGCAAAACCAAGAUGGAAGAGUUUAGCUCCUCAUUUGGAGACUAAACAUGAUAGAAAAUAUAAAGAAAACACUAAUCUAAACUGAGCUAAAGAGUAUAUGUGAAUUGGUGAUUAAAAGUGAAGGAAAAUGGGGUUAUUUAUAGGUGUUUUCAACACCUAAUGCCGGAUACCCGGCCGGGUAUUAUAUUUGCUAUACCCGACCGGGUAUUUGUCAAAUCAAAUCUUUUUCCCAUGUUCUGGUGUUCUUUUGCACGUUCGUUUGCCCGAAAUCACUUCAUACCCGACCGGGUAUAGGGAAUACCCGACCGGGUAUUUGAUAAAACUUCCCAGAAGCUUCGUUUUUCACCUUAUACCCGACCGGGUAACUCACCAAAUCACAUUUUUUGCAUGAUUUCUUGCUCCCUUGCACCUUCCUUUGAUCUUAUAAGAUAUCUUCCAUGCUCCUUUGUUGUAGACCAAUUUAUUCAAGCUUAAGAUCUAAAACAAAUAAAUUACAAUAAACUAGGAAAAAUAAAGUAUUACACCAAAAGUGUGUAAUUUCUCAAACAACAAUAAAUAAAACUAGUUAAAAUUACAAAUAUAAACCAUAACAAUUCUAUACUAUCACCCAACUAUCCACCAAGAAGAGAAGGAAAGUUCUCAGGUAAAGAUAAUGUUCUCUGUUAUAACUGUAGAGAACCAAGACAUUACAAGAGUGAAUGUCCAUUCCCAAGUAAGUUAACAAGUAUCAAGAACAACCAAUACCUAAGAGUAACUUCAAACAACAAACCUUCAAAAGCAAAAGACAAGCUUUUGUAAGUGAAAAGAAAGAAAAACUCAAUGAGGAAAGUGAUGAAAGCUCGAAUGAUGAAAGCACCAAUUCUGAAAGCUCGGAAGAAGCAUUGUUCUAUCUAUGGCUCAUAAUCAGUAGCCAACGGUUGCAAAACAGCUUCCUACUGCAGACUUCACCAACCAUUGCAACUCACAACCAGAUGUCUCAUGGCAAGAUCUGAUGACAAUGAUGAGGCCGAUUUGUUGCAUUUGAGAAGGCUCAUACUUUGGAUGCGAAUUCAAUUGGACGUGGUGUUAGACAAUACAAGACUUACCUGUUAAGCUUAGUACAAAAGGAAAUAUAUAUUCCAAAUCAAAGUAAAUAUGCACUAGAUUAUUACAAGAAGUACUAUGAGGAAAAUAUCAAAGAUGGCCACCUGACAAAAAAACCAGAAGAGAUGGUGAAAAUGUGUCAAAUUGCAAGCGUAUUGUAUGAUGUUUACUUGACAUUCGAGAUAGAUAAAUCACCUAGAGAUUUGGAUCAAGAGGCAUGCAUGUAUGCCAAAGAUGUAGCAGAGAAAAAAAAACAGUAUGAGCAGUAUAAUAUUCUUCCAAUUUAUGCCAUUGCCGUUAAACCUGCCAUAAUGGAACUUCUUGAGAUCAAACAAUCACUGGCAGCUAUUCGAAUGCCUGAAAAAAAUGACAUUUUUGAAUGGCUGGGAUUGACCUUUGGAUUCCAGAAAGCAAAUGUAGCAAAUCAAAGGGAGCACUUAGUACUGCUGCUUGCUAAUAUGCACAUCAGAGAUAAGAGCUUACAUGGCAACGACUACGAAUUCAGCAACACGGUUAAAAAACUGUAUGACAAAAUAUUCAAAAACUACAAUUCAUGGUGCAAAUAUUUGCAUCGCCCAUCAAAUAUCAAGAGGGUGACUACAGUCUCACAGGAUGGUAGUAAGCAGCAACAGCUAGAUCUUGUUUACGUUGGUCUUUAUCUCCUUAUUUGGGGUGAAGCUUCAAAUAUCCGAUUCAUGCCAGAAUGUCUCUGCUAUAUAUUCCACUGUAUGUCUGAUGAGGUUGAAGGACUUUAUGGCAAUGUGAGUAAUGUCUCUAGAGCUUCAAAUCAGACUGAGCCUCCUGGUGAGGAAUCAUUUCUAAAGAAUGUUGUGACACCUAUAUAUAAUGUGAUAUCAGAGGAAGCUAUGAGACACAAAAGUGGGAAAGCAAGUCAUUCAGCUUGGAGAAAUUAUGAUGAUCUGAAUGAAUACUUCUGGUCUGAUAAAUGUUUUGACUUGGGAUGGCCAUUGAAAAAAGAUGCUGACUUUUUUGUGCACUCAUAUGAUGAUCAAGGAACAAAUGCGUACCUGAGAUUCAAGUUGUCAGCAUCCACAUGUCUGUAUUACAAUAAGUCACUAUCUAAUGGACCAUAACAAUGUUGCUACAAGGAAGAGGAAGCCAAAGACAAAUUUUGUUGAAAUUCGAACCUUUUGGCAUCUCUAUAGGAGUUUCGAUCGUUUCUGGACAUUCUUUAUAUUGGCUCUCCAGGCGAUGAUUAUUAUUGCAUGGAACGAUUCAGGAUCCCUUUCUGAGAUUUUUGAUGAAGACAUGUUCAAAAGCAUUUUGAGCAUUUUUAUAACUGCUGCUAUUCUGCACUUUUGGCGUGCUAUUUUGGAUAUAAUCCUCAGCCUUAAUGCGUGGAGGAGCAUGAGAUUUACGCAGAUACUUCGCUACCUUCUGAAACUUGUGGUCGCCGCACUCUGGGUGGUUCUUUUGCCUAUUACUUAUUCUAAAUCUGUUCAGAAUCCGACUGGAGUUGUGCGGUUUUUCAAUAUUUUAGGAGGAAUUAUACCAAACCAGUCAUUAUUCUACUACUGUGUUGCUAUAUACUUGAUUCCAAACAUAUUGGCCGCAUUUCUUUUUAUGUUUCCUUGUAUGAGAAAAUCCAUGGAAAAAUCAAACUGGCGUAUUGUUGUGCUACUAAUGUGGUGGUCUCAGCCAAAGUUGUAUAUUGGAAGAGGCAUGCAUGAAGACAUGAUCUCUCUAUUCAAGUAUACGUUUUUCUGGAUCUUUCUGCUCAUCAGCAAGUUGGCAUUCAGCUAUUAUGUGGAGAUUUUGCCAUUAGUUCAACCUACAAAGAUUAUCAUGAAUAUUAAAGUGACUAACUAUGAAUGGCACGAGUUCUUCCCAAACUUGGCAAAUAAUAUUGGUGUUGUGGUCGCAAUUUGGAGUCCAAUUGUUCUGGUCUAUUUUUUGGAUACACAAAUAUGGUAUGCUAUAUUUUAUACAAUUGUAGGAGGGAUUACUGGAGCAUUCAGUCACCUUGGUGAGAUUAGAACACUUGGGAUGCUAAGGUCUAGAUUUGUAUCUAUUCCAUCAGCUUUCAGAGAACGCCUUGUGCCACAUUCAAAAGAGGAGCACGAACAAGUCAAUGGAGAUGAUUUGUUGGAACGAAAGAACAUUGCAAUGUUCUCUCAAAUGUGGAACGAGUUCAUAGUAUCAAUGCGAAUGGAGGACUUGAUCAACAAUAGGGAAAGAGAUCUCCUUCUUGUGCCAUACUCAUCAUCGAGUAAAAUUAAAGUUAUCCAAUGGCCUCCAUUCUUGCUUGCAAGUAAGAUCCCGGUAGCAGUGGACAUGGUAAAAGAUUUUAAUGGAAUUGACGAUGCUGAACUAUUCGGGAAGAUUAAGAGUGAUGAAUUCAUGCUUUCGGCUUUGAUUGAAUGCUUUGAAACACUCAAGGGCUUAUUGACUGAAAUAGUGGAAACUGCUGAUGACAAGAGGAUCAUUGAGCAGAUAUUUGACGAAGUAGAUGACAGCAUAAAAGAGAAAAAAUUUCUUAGAAGAUUCAAUUUGAAAAAGCUCCCUUUACUGAACAAUAAAUUGGAGACGUUUUUUGAUAUUAUGGUAAAUGACAGUGAAGUCCAUGGGGAUGAGACGCAGAGAAAGUCACGACUGGUAACUCUCCUCCAGGAUGCUUUUGAAAUUUUCAUUCAGGAUGUGAUGGUUGAUGGAAAUAAAAUCAUGAAAGGAUCCCAGAAAAAAAUGAAAGGCGAGGAAAAAUUUCAGAAUAUAAACAUGAAAAUAUGUAAGACAUCUUGGUGGGAAAAGGUUGUUAGGCUCCAUUUGCUAUUGACAGUAAAGGAGUCUGCAAUGAAUGUGCCAAUGAAUUUAGAAGCGCGUCGAAGAAUGACCUUUUUUGCGAACUCUUUGUUCAUGAAAAUGCCAUCUGCCCCAGAAGUUCGAAAUAUGCUGUCUUUCAGUGUUCUAACUCCAUAUUAUAAAGAGGAAGUUAAGUAUUCUAUGGAUGAACUUAACAAGGAAAAUGAAGAUGGCAUAUCAACUCUCUUUUACCUUCAGAAGAUCUAUCCAGAUGAAUGGAAGAACUUUCAGGAUCGCAUUGACAAACUACACCUUAAACCGGGUGAUGAGAAGGAGAUUGAAGUCAUUGAACUCACUCGGCAAUGGGUUUCCUACAGAGGCCAGACACUUUCCAGAACUGUAAGAGGAAUGAUGUACUAUAGGAAAGCUAUUGGGCUUCAGUACUUCCUUGAGAAUGUGGAUGAUAAAGAUAUAUUUGGCGGCUAUCGUCGUACAAUGGAUAUAAAUAAUCCUGAGUCUGGACUGAAUGAAGUAGAAAAGGCAUGGGCAGAUUUGAAGUUCACCUAUAUUGUCUCUUGUCAGUUGUAUGGUAGUCAGAAGAAAUCCAAGGACGCAAAAGAGCAUAAUCUUUACGCAAAUAUUCUUAAUCUCAUGUUGGAGCAUCCAUCAUUGCGUGUUGCUUAUAUAGAUGAAAAGGGAGAGACAGUUGACGAUAAAGAAGAAAAGUUUUACUACUCCGUUCUUGUCAAGGGAGGAGAUAAGUUGGAUGAGGAAAUAUAUCGAAUCAAGCUUCCUGGUCCUCCAGUAGUAAUUGGUGAAGGAAAGCCUGAAAAUCAAAAUCAUGCCAUUAUUUUCACUCGUGGAGAAGCCCUUCAGACCAUAGACAUGAAUCAGGAUAACUAUUAUGAAGAAGCAUUCAAAAUGAGAAAUGUAUUGGAGGAGUUCACGAAAACUCAUCACGGGCAACGUAGGCCAACAAUAUUAGGAUUGAGGGAGCACAUUUUUACUGGAAGUGUCUCUUCACUCGCAUGGUUCAUGUCCAAUCAGGAGACUAGUUUUGUAACUAUUGGACAGAGAGUUAUGGCAAGCCCUUUAAGGGUGAGGUUCCACUAUGGCCAUCCUGAUAUAUUUGACAGGAUCUUUCACUUGACAAGAGGUGGCAUAAGUAAAGCCUCAAAAACUAUUAACUUGAGUGAAGACAUAUUCUCAGGUUACAAUUCAACAUUACGAGGAGGGUAUGUGACACAUCAUGAAUAUAUUCAAGUGGGCAAGGGACGUGAUGUGGGGAUGAAUCAAAUAUCUCUUUUUGAAGCAAAGGUUGCAAAUGGAAAUGGUGAACAAACGCUUAGCCGUGAUGUAUACAGGCUUGGACGCCGGUUUGACUUCUAUAGGAUGUUAUCAUUCUACUUCACCACCAUUGGUUUCUACUUUAGUAGCAUGGUUACUGUGUUAACCGUUUAUGUAUUUCUAUAUGGCCGUUUGUAUAUGGUCUUGAGUGGGUUGGAAAAAUGGAUUCUGGAGGAUCCUUCUGUUAGUGAGGCUAAGGCUCUCGAAGAGACUUUGGCGACCCAGUCUGUGUUUCAGCUAGGUUUAUUACUAGUAUUUCCUAUGGUAGUGGAAAUUGGAUUGGAGAGAGGAUUUCUCACUGCUAUUGGAGAUUUCAUAGUAAUGCAAUUGCAACUUGCUUCUGUUUUCUUCACGUUCCAGCUAGGAACAAAAGCGCAUUACUAUGGCAGAACUCUUCUACAUGGAGGUUCCAAGUACCGGGCUACUGGUCGUGGUUUUGUUGUUUUCCAUGCCAAGUAUGCUGAUAACUACAGACUCUACUCUCGCAGUCACUUUGUGAAGGGUCUCGAGCUGUUGAUGUUGUUAGUUGUUUAUGAAGUUUAUGGGGAAUCAUAUCGGAGUUCCAAGCUGUACUGGUUUAUAACUGUAUCGAUGUGGUUUUUAGUUGGGUCGUGGCUGUGUGCUCCUUUCGUGUUCAAUCCAUCUGGAUACGACUGGCAGAAAACGGUGGAUGAUUGGACUGACUGGAAGAGGUGGAUGGGGAACCGUGGUGGCAUUGGGAUUUCUGCUGAUAAAAGUUGGGAAUCCUGGUGGGAUGAAGAACAAGAACAUCUGAAUCACACCAGUAUAAGGGGUAGAUUGCUUGAGAUCAUCCUUUCACUUCGGUUUUUCAUUUACCAAUAUGGAGUUGUCUAUCACCUUGAUAUAGCUCAUGGAAGCAGGAGUGUACUGGUGUAUGGACUUUCUUGGUUUGUUAUGGUCACUGUUCUUCUUGUCCUUAAGAUGGUUUCAAUGGGAAGGCGGAGAUUUGGCACUGACUUUCAGCUCAUGUUCAGAAUUUUGAAGGCACUUCUAUUCCUUGGUUUUUCAUCCGUCAUGACUGUGCUUUUUGUGGUCUGUGGCCUCACUGUGAGCGAUUUAUUUGCCGCUCUUCUGGCCUUUUUGCCCACAGGCUGGGGUCUUCUACUUAUUGGACAAGCAUGCAAGCCGUGUCUAAAACGGGUCGGAGUGUGGGACUCAGUGCGGGAGUUGGGAAGAGCAUAUGAGUGUAUCAUGGCACUUGUAAUCUUCUUGCCUACAGUCAUCUUUUCUUGGUUCCCAUUUGUUUCAGAAUUCCAGACAAGGUUGCUCUUCAAUCAAGCUUUCAGCAGAGGCCUCCAGAUUUCCAUGAUUCUUGCAGGGAGGAAAGAUGAUUUAGCCAGCAAAUAACACCCGCCCUCAAUUGCUUUCCAGAUGCAAAAAUAGAAAUAGCAAGUAUUCUUAGGCACUGUUAGGCUAAUUAUUGUUUUGUUAUUUACAUGCUUCAGCUGGAAGGCUUACAAUAGUUUAUAUUAUGCAAGUUUUUUGUUUUCGUAAUUGUGAAAUGAAUCAGUAGAAAGUUGUCAAAUUAUAAUUGGUACAUUUAGUCCUUAAACUUCAUGAAGUUCACAUUUAAGUAAUUUUGGGAAACUAAUAAAAACUACGAAAACUGCUCAAGGC